AUGACCACUGAAAUCCCGAUAUCGAGAGGCGACACGCAGGAUCUUCGCGAUUCUGCUGUCAAGCCAACAAAGACGUUGCGAGAGCGUUUCUUGCACCGUCUACCACACUACACAGGUCCUUAUAGCGUGGGGUAUAUGGAUAUCGAAGUACCUGCACGGAAUCCCCGACCAAUUUCUAGCCUAAAACGAAACGGAAAGCCCGUCUUACGCAUGGAUACCGUCCUCAUGGGCAUUUACUACCCUGGUGACUUGCGAAAGGAAGCUCAAAGCAAAGAGGGCCUCAAGGGCAUGCACCGCGUAGACUGGAUGCCGCGGCCCAGGAUGGCUACUGCCAAAGGAUACGCCAAGUUCCUAAAUAUACCCGAGAUGCCUGUCACUGGCUACCUAGCCUGCACGACCCUGUUCACCAAGCUGCCAGCCUUUCGCAAUGCCAAGCUGGCAUCUUUUUGGCCUGACACAGUCCUUCAUGAAGCCGGACCCGAAGGUGAUCGAGCAAGAGAAAGCGAAGGCGAUGAAAAAAGGCCCAAGUUUCCGGUCAUCAUCUUCAGCCACGGUUUGGGCGGAUCUCGGCUUUGCUACAGUGCCAUCUGUGGAGAGCUUGCAAGCUUUGGAUUCAUUGUGGUUGCUAUGGAACACCGGGAUGGCAGCGGCGCAAGAACGCAUGUCAGCUUGCCGGAAGACAUUGACCCUGCGGAAAUUGAGUCAUCGACAGCCAAGAUCUACACUAACGACGACACGGAUAAAGAAACAACCGGCAAAAAGGUGCGUGGUCGCGGCAAAAAGGGGGUCAAUCCAUAUUAUGUUGUCGACUACAUCCUGCCUAAAGACAAUGCUCAGGAUACGUCGCCGCAUAACCCGCAAGGCGUGGAUCAUGUUUUGCGAUCUGCACAGAUCGAGCUUCGCCAAGAAGAGAUCAAGGAAGCAUACCACGUCAUCAGUCUCAUCAAUGAUGGCAAGGGAGAAGAGGUUGCGAAGAUGAAUCUGCGAAAAAAAGGAAACAUCGGGUCCAGCUCCAUGGGCCUCAUUGGGAUUCAGUGGGAGGAUUGGAAGGGCAGCAUGUUUCUCAACACUGUCUCCAUGAUGGGACAUUCUUUUGGCGGUGCCACGACAGUGCAGCUUUGUCGGGACGACUCGCUUACAUGGCUUACUUCCGGAUUAAUCUUGGAUGCUUGGGGUCAAGCGACACCUCCUGGCGGCGAUAAGCCAUCGAAUAGUGUUGGCAAACCCAUCAUUGCUAUAUCAUCCGAGGCUUUCAUGCAUUGGAAAGACAACUACGACCGUGUCGUCUCCUUCUGCAAUGAGGCGCGAGAUUCGGGUGCUCUGUGCUGGAUGCUCACAAUUGCGGGGUCAACGCAUCUAGCAAUGACUGAUUUUGCAGUCCUAUACCCUGUUUGGAUGAGUGUCUUUAUGAAGUCGCUCGUGAGCCCCAGCCGCGCAUUCUAUCUCACCAUUGUUGCGUCGCUCGAGUUCCUCGAGGCGACGCUGCCACCUGAGCAGACUAAAUUUCGAACAUGGAGUAAUGAGCGACUUCUUUGCACAAGAGAGCCUGUCAGCGACCCGGAUGAAGCAAUCAAAACGGACCAUGCGCCUGACGACAAGUGGGUUGCGGUGCGACUCAAGAUCCCUAACGAGUUUUCGACGAGAAUCAAGAGUCUUUGGAACAGAUUCCGGAGAGCAAUACUCUGCAUGGUCCGAGACGACGUGUCAGAUACGGAACAUGGCUCAGACGAUGCUUCCGCGAGCCAAGAAAUUUGGAUGCAUUUUAGUCCGGCAGAGUCUGAUGUCCAAGAGCAUCGCGGGCGGCUCAUCAAAGCGUAA